AUGAAGCUCUGCCUCGGACUCGUCCUGCUGCUCUGCUGUGGGACGCUUCAUCUGGGAUCUGGACUUCGCUGCUACAAAUGCUCCGAUUACACCGGACGCUGUGAGAACGUCCAGGAGUGCACGUACGAGGACUCCUGCAUUUCUCUGAGUGAACGAGGUGGAAAGACCAUCCGUCAGUGCAUCAGAUACACAGACUGUGAUAACUCUCGCCUCACCCAGAUGUUCCCGGCCAUCUCCGGCUUCACUUACCGCUGCUGCAGCAGCAACCUGUGCAACUCCAGCCAUGCCGUUACCAUGGCGACGCCCCUCCUGGCGCUGCUGGGGUCGCUGCUGAGCAGCUGGUGCUGUUGGACCUGA